AGAAUGAAAGGUCUUUGUCUUUGGUAGUAGGUGAUGAUGAAAGAUUGAAACUUAUGACCAACAAAAAGUCCAACCUUAUGUCUAUAUAUAAAAUCUCUAUUUCCUUCCAAUUUUUCAACAUUAAAUGCGUUUGGUUUCCGUCCAGAAGUGCUUCAGUUUCGUUUUUCAGAAAGACAGCAAAACCCGAAGCAUAAUGGCUCAGUCAUCUGGUAGCAAUACUGGGAAGAAGCUUAUUCGAAUUGAUGUCAGUUCAGACAGCGUUUGCCCAUGGUGCUUUGUGGGAAAAAGGAACCUGGACAAAGCAAUUGCUCAAGCUAAGGAUCAAUUUGAUUUUGAGAUUAAAUGGCAUCCAUUUUUUCUUGAUCCCUCGGCACCCAAGGAAGGAGUCAGCAAGAGAGAAUACUAUGAGAAGAAGUUUGGAUCUCGAACUCAAGGAAUUUUAGCUCGGAUGACCGAGAUAUUUAGGAAUGUUGGAUUAGAAUAUGACAUGUCCGGACUAACGGGAAAUACUCUUGACAGCCAUAGGCUGAUCUAUUUUGCUGGAAAACAAGGUCUUGACAAGCAACAUGCUCUUGUGGAGGAGCUUUAUCUCGGCUACUUCACCCAGGGAAAAUACAUUGGUGAUCGGGAGUUUCUUCUGGAAUCUGCUAGGAAGGUUGGUGUUGAAGGAGCUGCAGAAUUUCUUGAAAAUCCUAAUAACGGAGUUAAGGAGGUUAAUGAGGAUCUGGAGAAGUACUCAGCAAACAUUUCUGGAGUCCCAAAUUACGUGAUAAAUGGGAAGCAGCAGCUGAGUGGCGGCCAACCACCCGAAGUCUUCUUGAGAGCUUUUCAAGUGGCAGCAAAAUAAGAUACCCUCUGCUUAUAUUUUCAAGCAUUUUCAACCUAUACAAAUCAAUAAAUCGGCUAUUUUAAUAAACUCAAUUCUUACCAGGUGUUUGUGGAAUUUUCUUAAUUGAUUGAAUAACCUGGCGUUUUAUGCUUGCUUGUAUGCUAUGGAGUGUAUACAAACAAAUUGAUUGUCUCAAACUUCUAUGUGCAUGGCACGACAUACAAAUUGAUUGAAUAUAUCAAACAGGUUGUUUUGUAAA